AUGAAGCUAGAUGCAACCAAGUACGAGCUCUUGAACCCGAGUGAUGAUAAGUUUCUUAGAGACACCAUUUUAUCUUUCAUUCUCGCGGGGAGAGAUGCCAUUUCUUCUGCUCUCACUUGGUUCUUUUGGAUUUUGUCCGUAAACCCUCAAGUUGUCACCAAGAUUCGCAAAGAGAUCAACACAACUUUACCAAGAACAAGUGGCCAAAAGAGGGCAUGUUAUGAUGAUGAUGAUUCUAUUGAGUUCUUGAACAAACUGGUGUAUUUAAGUGGCGCCUUGUAUGAAGCGAUGAGACUAUACCCUCCGGUUCCAUUCGAGCGCAUGUCUCCAGUAAAACCAGAUGUGCUUCCAAGUGGGCAUAAAGUCGACGCAAGUAUGAAGAUUUUAAUCUUUCUUUACGCGUUGGGGAGGAUGGAAGCGGUAUGGGGACAAGACGCAUUGGAAUAUAAGCCAGAGAGAUGGGUCUCAAAGACUGGAGUGUUGGUAGAAGAGCCUUCUUACAAGUUCUUUGCGUUCUUUGGUGGACCAAGAGCUUGUCUUGGUAAGCACUUAGCUAUGAGAGUAAUGAAGAUGGUGGUCGUGGAGAUAUUACAAAACUAUGAUUUUAAAGUUGUCGAAGGUCAAAAGAUUGAACCAGCUCCUGGUCCUAUUCUUCGCAUGAAGCACGGUCUUAGAGUCAAACUUACUAAACGAUAUCCGUUAAAAGAAUAUAAAGUCCUAUGA